AUGUCCUUCCGAAAGCGCAAUGUAGGCCUCACAGGCUCUGUGCGACUCGAAGGAACGCCACAAAUGAACCUCGAAGAACGAAGUCAACUGCCAGGAGUACGACCGUCGCCUGUGGAUGGGCGCUUAACAACAUCCACGGGGAUUUCAAGCCUUGACUCCCUCCUUGCUGGACACUCCGGCCUAGUUCUUGGAUGCUCUGUACUAUUCGAAGAGAGCGGUACGACAGACUAUACGGGUGCACUUCUAAGAUGUUACGCUGCGGAAGGACUUCUACAAGGUCACCAUGUCCACGUCAUUGGAUUGGCAGAACACUGGGGUCGCGAACUUCCUGGAGCGGUGGGAGAAUCUGAGAAGAAGGAAGAGCCUGUUGAAAGCACGGAAAAGAUGAAGAUUGCGUGGAGAUAUGAGAGCUUGGGACCAUUUGGCGCAAACGCGAAUGCAAGAGAACGGUCACAGGCAGUGUCAACCCUACAAGGCCAAGGCCAAGAGCCAGGACGAACAGCACCCAUCGCCUUUUGUCACACCUUCGACUUGACAAAGAGACUGGUGCAUCCAGCCUCGUCCAGAUUAAACUUCCUCCGGUUGGGAACGGACCCGACCCAAUCGCCUUUUGCUCCAGCACUUGACCGAUUGAACGGGGUUUUUGCCAACUCAGCUCCAAAUACAAUCCAUCGUAUUGUCAUCCCAUCGAUGCUUUCCCCAGCUUACUAUCCUCCACAUUCGAGCCAACCACAAUAUGUUCUUCAAUUGAUGCAUGGACUUCGCGCUCUCUUUGCCUCGUACCCUGAUCGAGUUACAGCAAUGAUUUCUCUCCCACUAUCUCUAUACCCCCGAUCCUCUGGUCUGGUAAGGUGGAUUGAGCUGCUGAAUGAUGCUGUUCUCGAGCUCUGUCCAUUCCCUCAUUCGGCAGACGGGGACACGCAAAUAUCUCGUGGUCCUGCUGGAACAACGGAAGAGCCGCCUCAAGGGCUACUGCAAGUCCAUCGAUUGCCAAUGCUGCAUGAUCGUGGCUGCGGAAUUGGGACUUCGGAAAAUGAUUGGACGUUUACUUUAAGCAGGAGAAAGUUCACCAUCAAACCAUUCAAUCUACCGCCAAUUGGAGGUGAUACAGAAGCUCAGCAGGCAUCUGGGUCGGAGCAGAGAGGAAAGAAAUUAGAAGUGGAAUUCUAG